GGAUUGUAGAGCCUUGGUCGCGACCUACCGAGAUUGGGAACGUAUAUAUAUAUAUUCGAUAGCCUACCGAACGAUCUCCACGCCACAGGCCAAGGACACCGCGCUCGACAAGUCGUGUACAUCAGGACCGUCCAUGACGUUUGAGCCCACCGAAAAACAACAACACGGAACUCCCCUGGACAAAGACCAGGACGUAAGCCGUUCGCCGCCAUCAAACACUCAUCACGAAAACCCUGGAUGGUCCGACCAUAAGGCCGGGUCUUUCCUGGGCGAUCACCAUACACCAUGGAAGGAAAGUGAAAAGACGCUAGAGGCGUUCGCCACGGCCGACGAUGGUCGAGACGCGUCCUUGAACACAGAUGCCUCGAAGGGAGCCUCAGAAGAGCUCUCGGUUCUUCACCGACCACGUCCAGGAUCUCGGCAGAACACUGCCCCUAUUUCUGUCGCUGCUGCACCUUUCACAUCGUACAGUUGCGACCUGGAACGGCCAAAGACACAUGGGUCGACGCGGUCAACGGCACAUCCUCGACGGUCAUCAUCAUCGAGCUCUGCAUCCACGCUGAGCCAGGUGCCGAGUAAUCUGGCAAAUACUAGCCGACAGUCAACCGAUCCGUACGGAAACACGUAUCCUGAAGGAGGACGGGAAGCAUGGCUUUGUGUAUUUGGUUCCUUCUGUGGUCUUGUCGCUUCGCUUGGCGUGAUGAAUACACUCGGUACUUACCAAGCAUAUCUGUCCACCCAUCAGCUCCAGCAUUACUCCGAGAGCACGAUCGGAUGGAUUUUUGGAAUUUACGCGUUUUUGUCCUUCUUCUUCGGCAUUCAGAUCGGGCCCGUCUUUGAUGCCAAAGGACCUAGAUAUCUUGUGCUUGCUGGGUCAAUAUUGCUGCUGGCGGCCCUACUUCUUGUGGGCAUUUGUCAAGAAUAUUACGAAUUUUUGCUCACCAUUGGUGUCAUGGGUGGGCUGGGUACCUCACUCAUUUUCACGCCAGCCAUUGCGGCUGUUGGCCAUUUCUUCCUUCGAAAGAGAGGACAAGCGACCGGGCUUGCGGCAGCAGGAGGCUCGUUGGGAGGGAUCAUCUUCCCAUUGACGUUGCAAGCACUCUUUCCCAAGAUCGGGUGGGCGUGGUCAACUCGUGUUGUCGCCUUGAUUGACUUGGUGUUGCUCAUUUUCGCCAACCUGUUCAUCAAGUCCCGCCUCCCUCCUCGCAAGGCCACCAAGGAGAACAUACUUCCGGAUUUCCGCAUCUUCAGGGACCCUGUUUUCGCCUUGACGACGGCGGGCACUUUCUUCGUCGAAUGGGGCCUCUUCGUUCCAUUGACGUACCUCAGCAGCUAUGCCUUGAGCCACGGUAUAUCGACCGAUUUAUCGUACCAGAUCAUUGCCAUAUUGAACGUGGGGUCUUGUUUUGGUCGAUAUUUCCCCGGACUCGUGGCCGACCGGAUUGGCAGAUUCAAUAGCAUGAUCAUCACGAUCUCAAUGUGCCUGGUCACGACUUUGGCCUUUUGGCUUCCGGCCAACGGGUCGAUCGCUCUCAUCAUCGUAUAUGCCUUGCUCUUUGGGUUCGCUUCAGGGUCUGGAAUCUCGUUGACGCCGGUAUGUGUUGGUCAGCUCUGCAGGGUUGAGAACUAUGGACGUUAUUACGCGACUUGCUAUACGCUGGUGUCUUUCGGGUCGUUGACUGGCAUCCCGAUCGCGGGGCAAUUGGUGACGAGGACGGGUGGACAAUACUGGGGGCUGAUUGUGUUCACCAGUUGCAGCUAUGCGGCAUCGUGCAUCAUGUAUACAGCUGCAAGGGUCGUUGGUGCUGGAUGGCGUCUAAAAAAGGCGUAUUGAUCUUGAGGCAUCUUAAGGAUCUACGGCGAACUUAUGACUGAAGAACUCAUCCUUCGUGUGUGCCAUGGUCAGAGAACGUAGCAUACUGACCGAGGUAUAUAGCCUUGGGUGAUCAAGUGAAAUGGAAAAUGAUUCAGAUGGCAGGCUUGACGUCUCUGACAAUCCGAGUGUCACAAAAUUCCC